UCAGAGACAUCACUCUGUCCUUUUCUCCUGUCACUCCUGGCAUUAGAGCUAUUAUAAUGUCUUCUCCUGACGCUGCUAUGCCUGCUGCGUCCUUGUCGACUCCGGCCAAAGGUCAAAAGAAGAAAGCCAAGGCGUCUCCAAAGAAGAAGACUGGACCUACAGUGUCAACCCUGAUACUGAAGGCCGUGGCUGCAUCCACAGGGCGCGGUGGCCUGUCCCUGCCUGCACUGAAGAAGGCUCUGAAGGCCGGAGGAUACGACGCAGACAAGAAUAAUGCCAGAAUCCUCCUCGCCAUCAAACGCUUGGUGGCCAGAAAAUCCUUGGUCCGAACCAAAGGCUCCCUCAAGCUGAACAAGAAGCCCCCCACACCUCGGAAGAAGAAGGUGGUGAAGAAGAAGAAGCCAAAGGCGAAAAAGGUCAAGAAGGCCAGCCCAAAGAAAGCAGCCGGAGGUGCAACUCCAGCAGCCAAGAAGUCUCCUAAGAAAAAGAAGAGCAAGCCAAAGAGUCCUAAGAAAGCGAAGAAGCCAGCUGCGCCCAAAAAGCCCAAGAAGCCCAAGAGCCCCAGGAAGGUCAAAAGCAAGGUCGCCAAGAAGACUGCCAAGACUGCCAAGACUGCCAAACCCAAGGCUGCUGCCAAGAAGUGAAAACUCUCUUAAUGAAUGCUGAAUGUGACCAGACGCCUUUCUGGCAGUGUUUAACUCGUGUGUGGACCAAAAUGCUGCAUUCACUCCAAGAACUUGAGCUUGCUUUUACAGUUUUUCUGUAAUAGAAAACACUGAAUAUGCUGUUGUGACAACAUCUGUUUUGGUUUGUAAAGAACUGAAUAGCAAUU